AUGAAAAAAAAAGCAGGAGAAUUCGACUACAAGGACACUCGUCGUUACAAGCAUACCCGCAUCGGUGUAUGGGAUCUCUACGAAGAACGCCAAAGACGCAUACGGACCUCACCGAUAUUGAAGGCAUGCGCGCAGAUAAUCCAAAGCGCUCCACUUCUAGUUCGCAUGUUCAAGGAUGUACUCAGCAUCAGACGGUGCUCCGUGCUUCUCCCCGCAUACUUUGUCGUAAGCGUUUUAGCUUCCCUCAUACCCGCUGUUUCCCUGUGGUACUCGGGACAAUUGCUCCACCUAGUAGAGACCCUAAUGGAGACACGUACUGUGGACACAACGGUGCUCGUGCAUUUUGCGGCGGCACAUCUUAUAUGCACAGUUGCCAUGCGUUUCCUCAGAUACUCGCAAGAUGGCAUAAGCCCCCCUCUGAGGUUGUACAUCAAACAAUUCUACAAUGAGCAAUUCUUCCACUCAACUGUGCGCCUCGACAUGCCCGCAUUCAAAACUGUUAACGACUUUUCAAUAAUGCACCAUCUCAAGUAUAGCUUCUCGUAUUGGAAUACUUCGCCAAUUUGGGAAACUAUCGACACGUUGAUGAGCAUCACAAUGAGACUUAUCUAUCUGCUUUCUCAGUUUUUGGUUCUGAUUAUAGUCAUGUGGGAACAACGGGAUGGUCUGCUUCUUGUGGUUCUCGCAUUUUUACCAUGCAUAUUGCCCCAGGAUAGCACGGGAAAGACAGUAGUUGGAUCCUUGGCUUGGGGUGCGACAACGACCAACGAAGAUCUCAUUCACAUGCAAAGUCUGAAGGACUUCGUUGCUGAGUCCUCAUACCGCCAGGAGCUUGUCGCAGGCAACCUCAGCGAACACCUCAGUACACGAUAUCGCGAAACAUCUCAGCGCCUGGGUCACGAUGUGGUUGAUUUCCCGGAGCUGAACAGAUUUCAUCAUUUCAAAGACUGUCUCAGCUUUGCGUUUAUCCUCCGAGAAACAAUGCACAUUCUACCUCAGAUCAUCUUCGCAUUGCAUGUAGUGAAAAAUCCAAUGACAACUCCCCUCUCCUUGGCAUCGCUCAUAUUCAUCAAGCAAGCCUCUAAUCUAUCCAGUGAUGCAAAUUUCUCGAUAUCCAUGAAGUUAUACACUCUUGCGAGAUCUUUGUCCAGUACACGCAAUGUAUAUGAGGCAGGGAACAUACAGAAUAAGGUUGCGGAUGGCACGGAACCGUUCCCUGAGAAUCAGCAAUCUCUCGCGAACGGCAUUUCCGUUGAGUUCAGGAAUGUUUCAUUCCAGUACCCUGGUCAAGACCGGUGUGCUCUACGGAAUGUAUCGUUCAAGAUUGAGGCUGGUCAGCUAUGCGUCAUCGUUGGUGUAAAUGGCUCUGGAAAGAGUACGAUCUUAAAACUGAUCUCCCGCAUCUACGACCCAACAGAGGGCACCAUCCUCAUCGACGACUGUGACAUCAAAACCUUCAGACUUGCUGACCUCCGUGCUGCUAUGUCCAUCCUCUUUCAAGACUAUUCGCAAUUCCCUUUCUCCAUGCACGAGAACAUCGGGCUUGGAAAUCCCGCCCUUGCACAUGACGACGACAAGGUUCGCGAAGCCGCCCGGCUCGGGGGUGCAGAAGAAUUCAUUGACGAGCUCCCUGACGGAUUCGAUACCUACCUUAACCGUCACGUGUAUGAUUACUUUGGGGACCUUCCUGAAGGUACCACAACGCUCUUCGGGUAUCCCAUUGACCUCUCAAACGAGGAUCCCAUUAGCGACAUGCAUGAAUCCAAAGCUCCAGGCAUUCAAAUUAGCCGUGGGCAGGCACAGCGGCUUGCAAUCUCCCGCACAUUCAUGCGUUCAUUGGUAUCUGAAACUGAGUCUUCCGCUGGCAUGCUGCUAUUCGACGAGCCGAGUGCCUCCCUGGAUCCUACGGCCGAAUAUGGUCUUUUCGAGCGUCUACGGAAGUUGAGGGGUAACAAGACCAUGAUAUUCUCUACUCACCGGUUUGGAAAUCUCACCCGACAUGCGGACCUCAUUUUGUACAUCGACGAAACUGUCCAGGAAGAAGGGACGCAUGACGAACUCAUGAAGAAAGGGGGAGAGUAUGCUCGUGUUUGGGAUCUGCAAGCAAAAUCUUUCAUUUAA